AUGGCACUUCCUCGUCCGGAAGACUCGGGUGUGCCCGACGCGGUGGAACUUGAGCUUGAGGCUUACAAUGCCCAGCUGGAGAACCCGCCACGACAGUGUCCUAUAAAUCUUGAUUAUAUUCUUUAUCUUCAACGACUUGCGAUCGAUCGACCGGCAAUGGGGUGUCCCAACAGCCUCACCUGGGAGGAAAUCGGCCCGGAACCGCUGCCAACUCCGAUGAUCCUUGACCUCCAGUCGAUGACUUGGAAACGGUUUCAAGCCCUUGUCCUGGCGCACUUGUGCAAAGAUAGCCCCGAAUUGCACAAAUUCCUUGUGGGUCGGAACCAUGCUCAAGAAAUUGUCUGGCUUGCUUCCAUCAACGGUCACCGCUUUUAUGCCGUUAGCUGCGAGGUCCCAAUUAAAGGAAGCUUGGAUUUCCUUCAGUUCGCGGCGGCGGCGUAUAAGGCAUACCCGUCAGCAGUCCUCUUCAAAUUAGUGAUGAAGGACCCAAGCGUGACACAUGGGCCCAAAGCGCCGAUCUCCCCCAAAGAGCAGGUGUUGCGCUCGUUGAACAACAUUGUCGGGUGCAUCCUCAGCGGCAAUACUUAUUCUGCCGGGGCCACCACGAUCUUGAUCAACCCCGAUGACCCGCGGCGACGAAUGCAGAUCAGCCUUGCUGCUGUGAUUGACUGGGCACAAGCAAUCCGCCUCAAGAAUCCUGGCGUGGAUUACACCCACCCACCCGAUAAUGCCAACUACCGCUGGGUGGAUUGGACAUCUCGCAAACGAGCCGCCAGUAGCCAAAGCAUCCCCCCGUCCAAACGAAACCUCAUGGACGCGAGCGCAAUUAUGUCAAUGGCCGCAAGAGUCAAAUCGGUCGGAUUCAAUAAGCCUGGAGCCGAUACAGCGGCGGAUGCUGGAGCCGAUACAGCCACGGACGAGAUAUCAUCCACUCGGAAGACCCCCCUUCCCCCUGCCUCGGCGGCCUUAGAGAAGCACCACAUGGAGACAUACCUCCGUGUGUCGCACAUUGGACAAGACGACCAAUUGACCCGUGCCCGACUCCUCCUCCACGGGAUAACUCACUGGACCUUCUUCAGAUCGUCCUCUGAGCCUGAGCUGACUCAGCUCGGCUUCCCUUUAGGUAUUGCGAGACUCUUGUGUGAAGGGGUGGGGCGAUUGGAGCGAUACGAGGCGGACAUGUCUAGAUUUUCUACAUUGAGCGCCGCAGGACCAAGUGGGAGUCAAAUGGAUUACUGA